AUUACUCUUUGAUACCUUCCUUGUCGUACUGCAGAUGAAGUUUAAACACACGUGUUUAUUUUAAUUUUAAUUAAUUAAUUAGUGAUUUUUCAACUGCUCGAAAUAAAUAUUAUUAUAGGCACAAUACAUUUGAAUAUAAUAAAGCCAUUUAAAUGGGUCGUAAAGCAAAGUUCGAUGAAACAAAAAAGGUUAAAAAAGGGCCUGGACGGAAGGCACGAAAACAGGGUGAUCCGGUGUUUAAAAAAGGCCUCAUUGAUGACAAUAAAGAGGAGAAACAUUUAAGCCACAGACAAAAGCAGAGAGCUGCUCGAAGGGUUAAAAAGAAGAAGGAACUUGUAGAAAAAAGAAAACUCCUAAAGGAGGCAAAGAAGAAUGUUGCUAAAGAACAAGAAAAAGAGGUAAAAGAAGUUGAAGAAGGUUCUGAGGAAAAUUCUGAUGAUGAAAUUGCUAAAGGCUUUACAGAUGACAACAAGGAAUGGUUAACACCAAAACAAAAAGGUAAAAACAAACCUAAGAAGGUGUCAGAUAGUGACAGUGGCCAAGAUGAUAGUUCUGAUGAAGAACAGGAGAAUGGAACAGAUGAGGAGCAGGACUCAGAUGCUGCUGAUAAGCCUCAAACAAAAUCAACUAAAGAACAGUAUAAGGUUGGAAAACUUGAUGACUUAUUUGAAGACUCAGACAAUGAUGAUGGAGAUAAUGAUGAACAAUCAGAAGACAAACAAAAAAGUAAAAUGACCUAUGAGUCAGAUUCCAGUGAAGACAAUGACGAUGACGAAGAAAGUGAAGAUGAUGACAAGUUACCCAUUGAGAAGGCCAAUAUCAAAUUAAAAAGGAAACAAAAACUUGACCAAAAGCUAGCAGAUGACGAGUUACAGCUUAAUAUAGCUAAACAGGACGUAUUUGCAUUUCCUACUGAAGAGGAAUUGCAAAAUCCUACAAGUUUACAAGACAUACAUCAGAGGAUCAAAGACGUAGUGACUGUAUUAAGUGAUUUUAGCAGACUGAAGGAAGAAGGCAGAUCUCGUUGUGAAUACACAGAUUUGCUUCUUAAAGAUUUGUGUAUGUACUACAGCUAUAAUGAAUUUCUUAUGGAAGUCCUUAUGCAAAUAUUCCCCGUUCAGGAGUUAGUAGAAUUCCUUGAAGCUAGUGAAGUGGCCAGACCGUUGACGAUAAGAACUAAUAGUCUUAAGACCAGGAGAAGAGAUUUGGCUCAGGCACUUAUAAAUAGAGGGGUCAAUUUGGAUCCUGUUGGCAAGUGGAGUAAAGUGGGACUUGUAAUCUAUAGUUCUACUGUACCGAUCGGUGCUACACCCGAAUAUUUAGCUGGCCAUUAUAUUUUACAAGGUGCAUCUAGUUUUUUACCCGUCAUGGCUCUAGCUCCUCAGGAAAAUGAAAGGAUUCUUGACAUGUGUGCGGCGCCAGGUGGGAAAGCAUCACAUAUAGCUGCCAUAAUGAAAAACACUGGUGCAUUAUUCGCCAAUGACGCAAAUAAGGAAAGAACGAAAGCUAUCGUUGGCAACUUCCAUAGACUGGGCGUUGUGAAUGCGAUCAUUUGUAACUAUGACGGAAGACAGUUUCCAGACGUAAUCAAAGGCUUUGACAGGGUCCUUCUUGAUGCACCAUGUACAGGCUCGGGUGUUAUAGCAAAAGAUCCCAGCGUUAAAACAACAAAGGAUCAAAAAGAUAUACAAAGAUGUUUCAAUCUACAAAGGCAGCUUCUAUUGGCCGCUAUAGAUUGUUGUAAUGCAAAGUCCAGCACUGGGGGUUAUAUAGUAUAUUCAACUUGCUCAAUUCUGCCUGAAGAAAAUGAAUGGGUCGUAAACUAUGCAUUGAAAAGAAGAAAUGUUAAACUAGUUCCAACUGGUCUGGACUUUGGAACAGAAGGUUUUAUGAAGUACAGGCACCAUAGAUUCCAUCCGUCGUUGAAACUAACCAGGCGAUUCUAUCCACAUACUCAUAAUAUGGAUGGAUUCUUUGUAGCAAAACUGAAGAAGUUUUCAAAUGUUAUUCCUGAACCAGUUAAAGACGACGACGAAAACGAAGCAGAGACAGAAGCUAAUGAGAUAAAACAAAAUGGUGACGCGACAGCGGAAGAACAGUCAAAACUGUCAAAUAGUCCUCUCAAAAGACCUGCAGAGUCCAAUGAAGUGGAGCCUCAGAAUAAAAAGAAUAAACCUAAUAGCACUGAACCUGUAAACGUAAAUAAGGAUACAACUCAAAAUGUACAAAAAACCAAGAAGAAACGUAAUAAAAAGAAUAAAAAUAAAUCCACUGUUAAUGUGCAAAAUAAAGGUAAUGAAACUAAUACUAAACAAAAUCAGGCUGACAAAAAUAAAACAGUGGGUAAAACUACCCAAAAGCAGCAAGUUAAAAAAAAUAAAUCAAGUUCAAAUACAAGAAAUAAUAUGGCAAUUCCUCCGAUAGUAAAAGUAGAUUCUAAUAAUUCUACCGAAGUUAACAAUGUUGCGAGUAAUAGCAGUCCCAAGAAAAAGGGAAAUAAAAAUAAAAAGAAAGUUAAGCAAACUACACCAACCACAGCCAAUAAAGUGGUUGUUAAUAAAAACGAAGAAAAAAUUACAGACAAAACCCAGAUUGCAGCAGCAAAAAAGCUUAAGAAUAAAAUGAAGAAGCAACAGAAGAAAGUCGGUAAAUUGAACGUCAAGAAAACAAACAAACAGAAUGUCAACGACAAAACCAAGAUGUUCAAGAAAAAUAAGAUGAAAACAUGAUUUGUAUACUAAUAUUAUGAUGAUGUAAUAUAAUUAUGAUAUAUUUUAUAUUUAAAUCAUU